AUGGUGUUAUUCCCCGCCGUGCUCUACUACCCAUACACAGGCAAGGUGCACAUCCACCUCAUGGACCUGGACGAGCCCGUGCGGGUGACCCUCCACCUGGCAAGCAGCCACGGCGUCCCCAAUGUUACCCUGGAGGAGCAGGGCAGUGAUAUCCUCCAGCUGAACUGGCCCUGCUUCUCCAACAUUUCUACCCCUCCUGCAAGGAUCUAUGAGGUCGCGCAUCUUCACGUCUCCAUCCAGGGAGGUUCCCUGCAGGUCUCUGAGCAGAAGAAAGUCCUGGUGAAAGGCCUGGAGCUGGGGACCUUGGUGCAGACAGACAAGGAUGUCUACAAGCCUGGACAAACCGUGAAGUUUCGAAUUGUCCAUUUGGAUCAAAACUUCAUUCCCAGCAACAGGGAGCUUCCCUUGGUGGCCGUGCAGGAUCCCUACAGAAAAUGCGUGGCAGAGUGGCGGGACGUGAGCCUGCGGCAGGGCAUCGUGGACCUAUCCUUCCCGCUGGCUGCAGAACCUGCCCUGGGCACGUAUGUCAUCCAGGUGGAGGGGAAGAGCCAUUCCUUCAGCGUGAAGGACUAUGGGCCGCCCCACUUUGAACUGCUGAUCCAGCUGCCCCGUGUUGUGACAGUGAAGGACGAGAAGAUCCCACUGGACGUCUGUGGGUGGUACCCGUCCGGGAAAACUUUCCGGGGAAUGGCUGAGGCCAGGCUGUGCCAGUCCCACAAACAUAUUUUACCAGAGGAAUCUGCGAGGAUCUGUGCUGAGUUUAGGGGCCAGACAGGGAGGAACGGCUGCUUCUCCACCAAGGUGCCGGUGGCUUCCUUCAACCUGACCGCCUUGCACUACGAGAAUCAGCUCUAUGCCUAUGCAUCGCUGCUGGAGGAGGGGACCGGGAUGUCGCGUACAGCGAUCAAAAGCUGUGUGAUUGUGUAUGAAGUGGCCACGAUCACCUUUGAAAACACCGAUAAAUUCUACAAGCCUGGGAUUCCCUACACUGGGACGGGUGAGCUCAAGGAUGACCCUCCAGCCUCAGAGCAUGAAGGAAGGGAGUAUCUCAACUACAGAAGUGUCACUCGCUACCUGUAUCCCUCCUCUUCGGAUAGCAAAAGUUUCCUGAAGAUCGGCAGGCUGGAAAAGAAGCUGCUCUGCGGCCAGUCCCAGCAGCUUGGGGUGGAUUACUUGUUUGAUAAGAAGACCAUGGGGACUGAGCUGCAAAGUCUGGAUGUGGUCUUCCUGGUCCUGGCCAAGGGGACCAUUGCCACCGUCCUCAGGAAAGAGGUGCCUGCAGAGGCUGGGCUGAGAGGCUUCUUCUCCCUGGAGCUGCCCAUCGGCCCCGAGCUGGCACCCACAGCCAAGGUGCUGGGCUACGCGGUGCUGCCCAAUGGUGAGAUGGUGGCUGACAGCACCAAGCUCCAGGUGGCCAAGUGCUUCCCUAGCAAGGUGAAUCUGUCCUUCUCAGAGCAGAGGGCUCUGGUGGGCUCACGGCUCCACCUGAAGGUGGAAGCUGCCCCAGGGUCAUUGUGUGCCAUCCGCAUCGUGGAUCAACGCAUGUGGUCCUCCAGUCUCAAGGUCAAGCUCAACCCCAGCACGGAUGCAGGUUUGAAAACUGUCACCAAUGCUCAGCUGGGCUGUGCACCAAACAUCCACUUCCAAAGCCCUUUAUACCCCCAAGAAGCAGGACUGGAGAAGGAUAAGCAGGCCGGUGUCAUGCUGGACAGAGGGAUGCAGGUGGAUUUCCUGGGGACAUGGCUGUGGGAGCUGGUCCCUGUGGGGGAGGGGGGCUCUGCAGAGGUGAUGGUGACAGUGCCCGAUGCCAUCACUGAGUGGAAAGCCGGGAUGUUCUGCACGUCCCCGUUGGGCUUGGGGCUGGCCCCCAUCAUCAGCCUCACGGCCUUCAAGCCCUUCUUUGUGGAGCUGGCGCUGCCCUACGCUGUGGUCCGCCACGAAGCCUUCACCCUCGUGGCCACUGUCUUCAACUACCUGCAGCAGUGCCUGCGGGUUCAGGUGACGCUGGCGGAGUCGGCGGAGCUGGAGGUGUUGGCGGGCACAGGCAGGGUGUACAGAGGCUGUGUCUGUGCAGAUGAAGAGAGGACCUUCCAGUGGAGCGUGCGAGCCACCAGCCUGGAGAAGGUGAAUGUCACCGUCAUCGCCGAGGCCCUGCGCUCUGAGAAGCUCUGCGGCACUGAGAUGCCGGUGGUGCCAGCCCAGGGGCACACGGACACCGAGACAAAACUCGUGAUGGUGCAGGUUCAUGCUGGAUCCCUCUGCCAACCCUUGUUUGCUUGCUGGGUGGAAAGCAAAGAUCUCUUUUUAGAGCCUGCAGCAGAGCAGACGCAGGUCUACAGCAACCCAACACCUGGAGAAGGAGGCUGUGGCCGUCCCCGACAUCCACUUGCAGCUGGAGCCAUGAAGACCCCAGCUGCCCUGCCCGUCCUGCUGCUCCUCAUCCCGUACCUCACAGCUGGGGCGUCUGCAGCACCGAGUUAUGUGGUCACGUCCCCAGCUGUCAUCUACCACCCCCACACAGCGAUGCUGUGGGUCCAUCUCAGUGGCCUUCAGAAGCCCGUCCAGGUGACCGUCCAGCUGCAGAGUGCAGACAGGACCCAUGACAUCACACUGCUGGAAAGGAAGGUCCAGGAGCCUCAUCUGUACCUGAACAUCACCUUCCCUGCUCCAGCCCCCACCAAAGGGAAGGAGGAAAUCGUAGAUCUGCACGUCUCAAUCCAAGGAGAUUCUCUGGCUGUCUCCAAGAAGAAGAAGGUGAUGCUGAGAGCCCUGGAGCCUGGGAUCUUCAUACAGACAGACAAAGCUGUCUACAAGCCUGGACAGCAAGUGAAGUUUCGAGUUGUCUCUUUGGAUAAAGACUUCACUCCCAGCAAUAAGAAGCUGCCCCUUGUGGUCCUGAAGGAUCCCAGUGGGAACCGCAUCGCGCAGUGGCGGGAGGUGAGCCCACAGCAGGGCAUCACGGAUUUGUCCCUCCCGCUGGCUGCAGAGCCGGCCCUGGGCACGUACAUCAUCGAGGUGGAGGGGAAGAGCCAUUCCUUCAGUGUGGAGGAAUAUGUGCUGCCCAAGUUUGAGGUGACCAUUGAUCUCCCCGCCGUGGUGCUGGAAAAGGACAAGAAGUUCCAGGUGGAGAUUUGUGGACGGUACACCUACGGGAAGCCUGUCCAGGGGAAGGUCCAGGCCAGCUUGUGCCAGUCCUUCAGGUACAUCGGGAUCCUGUACAGCCUUAAUAGUGCCCUCCAGAGAGAGAAUUGCAUCGAGGUUAGCGGGCAGACUGAGAAGAAUGGCUGCUUUUCAGCAGAGGUUUUGUUGACCGCCUUCAACCUUACCAGCUCCACCCAUGAGAAGCAACUCCAAGUCGAGGCAUUGCUGGUGGAGGAUGGGACAGGGCUGGAGAUGAAAAAUACCAAGAGCUGCAAGAUUUUACCUGAAAUCCUCACUGUCACCUUUGAAAACACUGAUGAUUUCUACAAGCCCGGCAUCCCCUACACUGGGACGAUGCUGCUGAAGGGAGCCAGCGGCGCCGUGCUGCCGCAGAAGCAGCUCUUGCUUGUCGUUAGCCAGCAAGGAAAAGAUACGAGACAGACCUUCCUGACAGACAGAUCUGGGAGAGCCUCCUUUGAGCUGGAGACCUCUGGUUGGAGUGGCACCGUCCACCUGCGUGGUCAAGUCAAGGAGACAGCUCACACCCAGAACGACGGCUCGACACCCAUCUACCAAAAUGCUUACUUGUACCUCGUCCCCUUCUCUUCGGCGAGCAGGAGCUUCCUGCGGAUCCGGCGGUUGGAGAGCGAGCUGCCCUGUGGCCAGCCCCAGCAGCUCUGGGUGGACUAUCUCUUCAGCAAGGAAGCCUUGGGGACUAAGCUGGAGAGCCUGGAUGUGGUCUUCCUGGUCCUGGCCAAGGGGACCAUUGCCACCGUCCUCAGGAAAGAGGUGCCUGCAGAGGCUGGGCUGAGAGGCUUCUUCUCCCUGGAGCUGCCCAUCGGCCCCGAGCUGGCACCCACAGCCAAGGUGCUGGGCUAUGUGGUGCUGCCCAACAGCGAGAUGGUAGCUGACAGCACCGAGCUCAAAGUGGCCAAGUGCUUCCUCAAGAAGGUGAAGAUGGCUUUUUCGGAAGACAGGGCUCUGCCCGGCUCGGCGCUGCAGCUGGAGCUGGAGGCUGCCCCAGGGUCCCUGUGUGCCGUCCGCGCCGUGGACCGCAGCGUGCUGCUCUUGAAGCCCGAGGCUGAGCUCAACACGGAGGUGAACGCAGCACUGAAGCUUUUCACCAAUGCCAAGACCAGAGAUGUUUGCGAAAAGAGGUUCAGCUUGCCCGAGGUGCUGGGUUCCCAAGGUCCCAGAGGUGGCUUUAGAUCCUAUGUGACCUCUGUGAGGGAAGAAACCGUCCCACAAGUAAUGUACAGUGUUGCCUCAGAAGUAAUGGACGUUGGUAUCCCAGUCGUCGCUGUCCAGGAAGAGCCACCAGCACCCCGGACGUAUUUCCCAGAGACAUGGCUGUGGGACCUGGUCCCCGUGGGGGAGGGGGGCUCCACGGAGAUGACGGUGACAGUGCCCGACGCCAUCACUGAGUGGAAAGCCGGGAUGUUCUGCACGUCCCCAUUGGGCUUGGGGCUGGCCCCCACCAUCAGCCUCACGGCCUUCAAGCCCUUCUUCGUGGAGCUGGCGCUGCCCUACGCUGUGGUCCGCCACGAAGCCUUCACCCUCGUGGCCACUGUCUUCAACUAUCUGCGGCAGUGCCUGCGGGUUCAGGUGACGCUGGCGGAGUCGGCGGAGCUGGAGGUGUCGGCGAGCACAGACGAGGUGUACGGUGGUUGUAUCUGUGCAGACGAAGCGAGGACUUUCCGGUGGGGCGUGCGAGCCACCAGCCUGGGGGAGGUGAACAUCACCGUCAGCACCGAGGCCCUCAGCUCCGAGGAGCUCUGUGGCAACGAGACGCCCGUGGUGCCGGCCCAGGGGCGCGUGGACACCGUGAUAAAGCCCUUGCUGGUGCAGCCUGGGGGGAUCCUGGUGGAGAAGGCGCACAACUCCCUGCUCUGCCAGGAAGGUAGGACUGCUGCUGAAGAAAUCUCCCUGGAGGUUCCUGCAAACAUCUUGGAGGGCUCCCAGCGAGCCCACGUCACUGUGAUGGGUGACAUCAUGGGCAACGCUCUGCAGAACCUGGACCACCUCCUGGCCAUGCCCUAUGGCUGUGGGGAGCAGAACAUGGUUCGCUUCGCCCCCAACAUCUACAUCCAGCAGUACCUGGAGAAGAGCGGGCAGCUGCACCCCGACAUCCGUGCCAAGGCACAGGGCUUCCUGCAGAGUGGGUACCAGCGAGAGCUGCUCUUCAAACAUGAUGAUGGCUCUUACAGCGCCUUCGGGAAGAGUGAUCCCACGGGCAAUACCUGGUUGACAGCAUUUGUCCUCAAGUCCUUCGGGCAAGCCAGAGCCUACGUGGCCAUUGAGGAACGGCACAUCCAGGAUGCGCUGCACUGGCUGCAGAAGCAGCAGCGGCAGACAGGUUGCUUCCGCAGUGUGGGAAAGCUCUUCAACAACGCCCUACAGGGAGGCGUCUCGGACGAGCUCUCGCUGUCGGCUUAUGUCACGGCUGCGAUGCUGGAGCUGGGGCUCUCCCCAACGGACCCGAAGGUGAGCUCAGCCCUGCAGUGCCUGAAGGCUUCGGCCACGGACAACCCCUACACGCUGGCGCUGCUCGCCUACGUCUUCGGGCUGGCGGGGCACAGGGAGCAGCAGCAAGUCCAGCUGCAGAGGCUGGCCCGGCACAACGUCAGCGCAGGGGGGGAGCUCUACUGGCAGAUGAAGGGGAAGGCUCUGGUCCCCUCGCAGCCCUCCUGGGCUGUCGCCGCACCGUCGGAGGUGGAGAUGACCGCCUACGUCCUCCUGGCCUACCUCUCCCAGCCCCAAGUGUCCUCUGCCGACCUGGUGACUGCUUCCCAAAUCGUCCGCUGGCUCAGCAAACAGCAAAACCCCUAUGGGGGCUUCGCCUCCACGCAGGACACGGUGGUGGCCCUGCAAGCCCUGGCCAAGUACGCCGCCCUGACAUACAGCAGCAAUGGGGACUUCACUGUGACGGUGACGUCCCCGACGGGCACCACGCAGGACUUUGUGCUGCACAACAGCAACCGGCUGGUGCUGCAGCGGGUGGAUCUGCAUCAGCUGCCUGGUACCUACGGGGUGCGAGCCCACGGGCAGGGCUGCGCCCUGGUGCAGGUGACCCUGCGCUAUAACACGCCACCCCCUCCGAGUGCGGGGACGUUUGACCUCCGCGUGGAGACAGAGCCUGGGGAGUGCACGGUGGAUGCCCGCGCCCGAUUCCGCCUCGUCCUCCGGGCACGGUACACAGGGGAGCGUCCCACCACCAACAUGGUUGUCAUCGAGGCCAAGCUGCCAUCUGGCUACAUCCCGGACAAGAGCUCCAUGGUGGAGAUGAAGAGGCAGAAGCUGGUGAAGAAGGUGGAGGUGCAGCUCGACCAGGUGACGAUUUACCUGGACCAGCUGACAAAGGAGAAGGAGGAGAUCUUCGCCUUCACCGCCACGCAGGACUUCCCAGUGAGCAACCUCCAGCCCGCCACCGUGACGCUGUAUGACUACUAUGAGACAGGUGACCGCACAGAUGCUGCCUACAGUGCACCUUGCAGUUCAGGUAGGGGCCAAACCUGA